AUGGAGAUCGCUCUGGUGAGCUUUGAGAACGGCGCUGCCAAACGGACCGAAGCCUGCUCCAACGCGCUGAACCUCCCGCAGGCGCCCCUCGUGCAGACCGGGCGCGGAGAGAGCUACGGGAAUGAGCUGAACGCGCCGGGCAGCCUGCAGCCGGGCGGGUGGAGGAUCAACGACAUGAACAACACCUUCAGCAGCAGCGAGAACGCCAUGGACGCGCUCCUGCGCGCGGACCACAGUCCGCAUCUCUUUGACGAAGACAUGCUGGACAUGGACUUAGACAACGACAGCAGCGAGAGAGUGCUGAUCAACAUCGCCGGGCUCAGGUUCGAGACGCAGCUGGGAACCCUGAAUCAGUUCCCGGACACUUUGCUGGGAGACCCCGAUAAAAGGAUCAAGUACUUUGAUCCACUUCGCAACGAGUACUUUUUUGACCGCAACCGGCCGAGUUUUGACGGAAUACUUUAUUUUUAUCAGUCGGGCGGGAAGAUCCGGAGACCUGUCAACGUGUCCAUUGACGUGUUCGCGGAUGAAAUUCGGUUUUACCAGCUCGGUGAGGAGGCGAUGGAGCGGUUCAGGGAAGACGAGGGUUUCAUUAAGGACGAAGAGAAACCGUUGCCUCAGAACGAAUUCCAGAAGCAGGUAUGGCUCAUUUUCGAGUACCCGGAAAGCUCCAGCCCUGCCCGGGGCAUUGCCAUCGUCUCCGUGCUCGUCAUCACCAUCUCCAUCAUCACCUUCUGCAUGGAGACGCUCCCGGAGUUCAGAGACGAGCGUGAGCUCCCGGCCGCCAGCCGACUGGACAACUCCACCCAAACGCGGCCGUCCCACACCUUCACCGACCCCUUCUUCAUCAUCGAGACCACCUGCGUGAUCUGGUUCACCUUCGAGCUCAUCGUCAGAUUCUUCGCCUGUCCGAGCAAGUCCGAGUUCUCCAAGACCCUGAUGAACAUCAUCGACAUCAUGGCGAUCAUGCCCUACUUCAUCACUCUGGGCACGGAGCUGGCAGAGCAGCAGGGCCAGGGCAACAACAGCGGGCAGCAGGCCAUGUCGCUGGCCAUCCUGCGGGUCAUUCGCCUGGUCCGCGUGUUCCGCAUCUUCAAGCUAUCCCGCCACUCCAAGGGGCUGCAGAUCCUGGGGCAGACUCUGAAGGCCAGCAUGAGGGAGCUGGGGCUGCUGAUCUUCUUCCUGUUCAUCGGGGUCAUCCUCUUCUCCAGCGCCGUGUUCUUUGCGGAGGCGGACGAGCCCGAGUCCCAUUUCUCCAGCAUCCCCGACGCCUUCUGGUGGGCCGUGGUUACCAUGACGACCGUGGGCUACGGCGACAUGAGGCCCGUGACAGUGGGGGGUAAAAUCGUCGGUUCAUUGUGCGCCAUCGCUGGGGUUUUGACCAUCGCGCUGCCCGUACCAGUAAUCGUGUCCAACUUCAACUACUUUUACCACAGAGAGACGGACCAGGACCAGUCCUCUUUAAAAGAGGAGCCCGCCAAUGAGCACGAGAGCGCCGCGGAGGAACUAAAGCGAAGCCACAGCAAAUCUUCCCUGAAGUCCGCGGCGGACGUGGAGAAGAACGACCCGGCAAACAGCCCGGUGGAAAAGGCUAACAUUAAAGCCAACAGCAACAUGGAUAUCAAACGGUCCCUGUAUGCGCUCUGCUUAGACGCGAGGGAAACAGACUUAUAGGCCAGUUACGGGGUCAGGCUAAUAUAAGAUAUUUUAUUGUAGGCUAUACAUUUGGUGUAGAAAUACUCAGAGGAAACUAACUUUCUUUCAUUCUUUCUCAGCAAAUGACAACUUUUCUGUUGCAACAACGGCCAUUUUAGACACAUGAUACACAUCGAAACCAAAACAGGCCCACCGAGGGAGCAGCAGAAACGCAUACAGUAUUUACUCACUUCACUUCACAAUCAUUAUAAAUAAUAAUUAACCAGAAACACAUUAGUGCAACGCGAACAGAAAGGCGAUCGUGAUAGAUUGC